ACUGCGUUGCUUGCAGCAAUCCACGCCUACUUUAAGAAGCCAUCGGGUCUAUGCGCAGUGAUUCGGCUUCAGGAGAGGUUGGAGACUCUGCAAAUAUCAGAUCUGGAUCACGCUGUUCGUUACCAGAAGAUAUGUAACCAACUCCGCGAAGACUUGAUUGGAGUGAAUAAACGGUUUCGUAGUAACCUCCUUCAUCCUCCUUUGGAGCGGAAUAUUCCACCGUUUGCUGGUAAGUAA